AAAGAGGCAAGGUGGAAGCUGGUUUUAAUGUUCUACAUAUGACCCAUGAAAUCUACGCAAAAUGAAAGAAAGAAAUACAAGGGUUUUAAUUGUGCAUAUGUGCUUUGGCUGAGUCCCACAUCGGCUGGUGCAACAGUUAAAGUAAACUGGUAAUGUUAUAAAAAUCAGACUUCUUUUUGUCUUUUCCACAGGAAUUAUUAUUUCCGUCAAAAUUCUAAAAGAUUAUUGGGAGAAGGUUCAGCUAAAUCACGCACUGGAAAGAUGUAACGUUGUAUCUCCAACCAUGAAUGCUCUAGAUGAAAAUAACCAUAAUAGUUUUUGGACGGCGGUUCUGGAAUUUUUCAACAUAGAGAGAGCAAAACUAGCUAAACUGUGUGUAUCAAAGAAUACAACUAAUGGCCGAUCCAAACGAUCAAGAAACUCGACAUUAUGAAACAACUCUUCAUUUUAGCCUUAACAAUAUGUAUUUUUGAUAUUUUUUUAUUUGUUAGUUUGAGAAGUAGUAGCAUGUUGUAUUGUGGUUUAGCACUCCAUAUAAUCAAAAUUUCAAAAGAUUAUAUCACCCUUAAGCAAAAGUUAUGAUGUAGUUAUGAAAUGAAGUUUGCCUCCACUACAAUUCCCUGCUGCCUCAGAAGCAGACCCAAUCUUUCUCUGUUUCACUCUCUCUUCCAAAAUGCGACGAGCCCUGCACUUGUUAUAUUUCGCCAAAUUUUACAAGCUAACGUGAACCCAAAUGAAUUCACUUUUUCAUUACUCAUCAAAGCUUAUCUUUCAUCUCCUUCUUUCACUCAUUGUCCAUCAACCGCUGCUUUACAAGCACGUCAGAUUCAAACCCAGUGUCUCAAACGCGGUGUUAACCAAUUUAUUCAUGUUCAUACUUCUCUUAUUGAUUUGUACAUGAAACUUGGUUUUACCUCUCAUGCACGCAACAUGUUUGAUCAAAUGUCUUAUAGAGACGUUGUUUCAUGGAAUGUAUUGAUUUGUGGUUAUUCACAAAAUGGGUAUCUUUAUCAUGCUAUUCAACUCUUUGUAGACAUGUUAAGAGAGAAUUUUAAGCCUAAUCAAACUACAAUUGUUAGUUUGUUACCUUCUUGUGGUUGCUUCGAGCUGAUUUUUCAAGGUAGGUCCAUUCAUGGGUUUGGAAUUAAAGCUGGUUUUGGUUUGGAUUCUCAUUUGAAUAAUGCUCUUAUGUCAAUGUAUGCUAAAUGUGAUGAUUUGGAAGCUUCCCAACUUUUGUUUGAUGAAAUGGACGAGAAGAGUGUUGUUUCUUGGAAUACUAUGAUUGGCGUGUAUGGUCAAAAUGGUCUUUUUGACAAGGCUAUUCUUUACUUUAAAGAGAUGCUGAAGGAAGGUUUCCACCCUAGUUCGGUUACGAUAAUGAACCUUGUAUCGGCAAAUGCUUUUCCGGAAAAUGUUCAUUGUUAUGUUGUCAAAUGUGGCUUCACCAAUGAUGCUUCUGUUGUUACUUCGCUGGUUUGUCUAUAUGCAAAGCAAGGGUUCACAAAUACGGCGAAACAACUUUACAAAUAUUAUCCCACAAAAGACUUGAUUACGUUAACAGCGAUAAUCUCUAGCUAUUCUGAAAAAGGUGAUAUAGAGUCUGCAGUUGAGUGUUUUAUCCAAACUAUUCAGUUAGAUAUAAAACCAGAUGCAGUUGCUUUGAUUGGUGUACUUCAUGGAAUUACUAAUCCUUCACAUUUUGCUAUUGGAUGCACUUUCCACGGUUAUGGUGUGAAGAGUGGGUUGUCUAAUGAUUGCUUGGUUGCAAAUGGGCUAAUAAGUUUGUAUUCUAGAUUUGACGAGAUAGAAGCCGCUUUAUCUCUGUUUUAUGAUAUGAGAGAAAAACCACUGAUCACAUGGAAUUCUAUGAUAUCUGGCUGUGUGCAGGCUGGAAAGUCAAGUGAUGCCAUGGAGUUGUUCUCUGAAAUGAGCAUGUGUGGGAAAAAACCAGAUGCCAUUACUAUCGCUAGUCUACUUUCUGGGUGUUGCCAGCUUGGUAACCUGCGGAUUGGAGAGACGCUGCAUAGUUACAUUCUGAGGAACAAUGUGAGAGUAGAAGAUUUUAUAGGAACUGCUCUGAUAGACAUGUAUAGCAAGUGUGGAAGACUAGAUUAUGCUGAAAAGGUAUUUUAUAACAUCAAGGAUCCAUGUUUGGCAACAUGGAAUGCCAUCAUAUCAGGUUAUAGUUUAUAUGGUCUUGAGCAUACAGCUUUCGGUUGUUAUUCUAAACUGCAAGAACAAGGGUUAAAACCGGAUAAAAUCACCUUCUUGGGAGUUUUGGCAGCAUGCACGCAUGGGGGACUUGUCUAUUUAGGACUGGAAUACUUCAAUAUCAUGACUAAAGAGUAUGGUUUGAUGCCCAGUCUGCAACAUUAUGCAUGCAUAGUUGCUCUAUUAGGUAAAGAAGGCUUGUUCAAGGAAGCAAUUGAAUUUAUAAACAAAAUGGAGAUUCAGCCCGAUUCUGCUGUCUGGGGAGCUUUGUUAAAUGCUUGUUGCAUCCAACGAGAGGUGAAGCUUGGGGAAUGCUUGGCAAAAAAAUUGUUUCUAUUAAAUCACAAAAAUGGUGGAUUUUAUGUAUUAAUGUCAAAUCUUUAUGCCAUUGUUGGGAGAUGGGAUGAUGUAGCAAGGGUGAGGGAAAUGAUGAAAGAUAGUGGAGGAGAUGGAUGUUCAGGUGUUAGUGUUAUUGAUGUGAUUUCUGCUGAUGACUCUAAUAACAACAACAACUUAGGCCCAAGUGAAGUCUAUUUGAAUACAAGCAUUUGGCAGCAUUUGUGUCUAUAUUGACUUCAUAAUGCAUAACCACCGGGAUAUAUUUGAUGUGUCUAUUCAUCAUCAGAAUAGAAGAUUUGGAUGCAAAUAAUCCUUGCCUAGAACGAAUUUUAAGAGUUGGCUAAUGGUGUCUGGGUUGAACUGUACAAAUAAAAAUAAGAUGGCAAGAAACAAUGAAGAGAAAGUAGGCAAGCGUGGUCUUUGAAGUAAAGUGUUAAUCCUACUCAAAAGUUACAGAGAGAAAGCUACUACUGUGGUAACACUUUCUUUAUACGAGUACCAUGAUCUUAGGAAACACGCUGACGAGGAAGAAGAGCAAGCCAAUAUGUGGUUUGCGUGCAGCUGCUAAUUCUGAAGUUGAGAUAGAUGAGGAGGAUGU